GCAAACGAUUCGCGCGGUCCGCUGAGUAUACACGUUCUUACUAACACUCGGAGUAAGUACACGUGAGUGAUUUUUAGUAUUUGGUCCAUAUCGUUACGCAAUCCAGUGCGUGGAGUUUAUAUUUUCCAAUGUAUUCCCGAUGAUUAUCCGUCUAACGAGUUGACCUGACCACGUCAACGCACCCGACAUGUCUAGAUCGCCGUACCGCAGGGCUUUUGUGCCCUUAUUGUUACUUUUGAUAACGACACAUCCGUUUGUCAGAACUCAGGAUGCCGAUUUAGCCAGCAGCUUUUUUUCAGGUCUGUUGGACACUAUCACCACAACAGCGGAGACCAAAGACUGUCCAGGUUAUUGCGCUCAUGCAUUAGCAACGAUAAUAUGUUAUGAUGUACUCGAAGACGUCAAAUGUCCCGGUGAAAUGAAAUGCUGUUUAGAUAAACCUCCUGUUAAUGGAACGACAGGCGUUAUAGCCAAUAAUAAAAUAGACCAGACGUCUGGUUCUACUCCACGGCCCUCAUUGCCGGCUUCUAACAAUAACAGUAACAACUAUUACAACAACAACAAUAACAAUAAUAAUAAUAAUAAUAAUAAUAAUCAGAAGCCACCGCCAAAAUCUCCAAACGAUAAUUUAGAUCUGAAGUGUCCAGGCGUAUGUACGCCCGACAGAUUAGCAGACUAUUGUGAAGCUGUUUUUAAUGUCACUGAAAUGUGUAAACCGGGUCUCAGAUGUUGCGUUCCGAAAAAUGCAUUCUUGGGAGCUGAAAAUCUUAUUGUGUAUGAUAAAACGUCCACUAGAAUUAAUACUGCCACUUCAUCACAUCGAACACCAGAAAACUCAUCGCCAACUCCAGCGGUAACAUCGUCGACAAUUAAGACGACUGUUGAAACAUCUAGUAACAGUCAAAAUGUCGCAGUUCCAGCCGGUCAAAAAAAGUGUCAAGGUGAAUGUACCAGCGCACUUUAUGCACUGUUUUGCGACGAAAACGAUUUGGAAGCGUACUGUCCAGUCGAAGGCGAAACUUGCUGUAUAACUUCAUCAACAGCGGAAAGCAACGAGCCUACUUCACCACCUGCAAAACAACCCAGGCCCACGACUAAACCACUCGUCACAACCCAAGUGUCAGUUAACAGUAAUGCGCCAAAAUGCGCAGGUUACUGUAUCUAUGAGGUGAUGACCGCUUUUUGUAAAAGACCUUCUGUGUUGGUGUAUCAUACAUCUACGUGCUUGCAAGGCUCGGUGUGCUGUGAUAAUACCAAAAGUCCUCCACCUCCAACGACUACUAUCAAACCAAAACCACGUCCUACAACAACUACGACUUCCAUGCCGCCGCCACCGCCUGAUGACCGACCUGAUUGUCCCGGGUCAUGUGUUUUUUCUUAUUUGUACUUUACAUGUUUCAAAAACGCCGAAAUUACUGAUGUGUUCAAAUGUCGAAAACACGGAACUCAAUGUUGUGCUACCAAAAAUCAAAUUCGAGAAAUGACAGAGCAGAAAAAUGGUAAUGUCGGUGUACAUUCGCCAAAUAACAUAAUUGGUCAACCACCACCUUCCCAAAAUUUUAUGAGUUACAAUACGCACAGAAACGAAACUAUUUCACAAUUCAGACCACAUGUACCAAGUUCUUUAGCAGUUUAUCCUCCACCUCCAGAAUACCAACCUAACUUAACGGUAUCUACUUUGACUACGCCUAACCCAUUAUUCACAAAACCACCAUCCUACAGUAAAUAUGUAUGUGGAGUCAAAGGAACAGCAAGAUCAUCAAGAGUGGUCGGCGGAGAAGAUGCACAACCAAAUGAGUGGUGCUGGCAAGUGGCGUUAAUAAAUUCAUUAAACCAGUAUUUAUGUGGUGGAGCAUUAAUUGGCACACAAUGGGUACUUACUGCAGCUCACUGUGUUACUAACAUCGUACGGUCUGGUGAUGCUAUUUAUGUACGAGUCGGUGAUCACGAUCUAACUAGGAAAUACGGAAGUCCAGGCGCUCAAACUCUUCGAGUGGCCACAACAUAUAUACAUCAUAACCAUAACUCUCAAACAUUAGAUAAUGACAUAGCGCUAUUGAAGUUGCACGGGCAAGCCGAACUUAAAGAUGGCGUUUGCUUGGUAUGCCUCCCAGCAAGGGGUGUCAAUCAUGCGGCCGGAAAGCGGUGCACGGUCACAGGUUAUGGUUACAUGGGUGAAUCUGGACCCAUACCAUUGCGGAUCAGAGCAGCUGAAAUACCAGUGGUCAGCGAUACCGAAUGCAUACGUAAAAUAAAUGCGGUUACCGAAAAGAUCUUUAUUCUACCGGCCAGCAGUUUUUGUGCGGGUGGUGAAUCUGGAAAUGAUGCCUGUCAGGGUGAUGGCGGUGGACCAUUAGUGUGCCAGGACGAUGGAUUUUAUGAACUGGCCGGACUUGUAUCCUGGGGAUUUGGAUGCGGAAGAAUAGAUGUGCCAGGUGUAUAUGUUAAAGUGUCCUCAUUUAUUGGAUGGAUUAACCAGAUUAUAAGCGUCAACAAUGUGUAAUACUAUUAAUACACUUCAAAUGAAUAUUGAUAAUAUUCACACUAAAGAGUCCCUAAAAAUAAAUUACUCGAGAUUAUUCUAUAUUUAGUUUUAAUUUAUUAUUAUUUAUUAUAAUUGUUUUUGUAUAUUUUUUCAAUACGUCGAAAACUAAAUGUAAAGAAAUAACAUUUAGACAAAAUUAAACAUGUUUAUCAAAAUAA